AUGAUGGACAGCCGGAUACUAGAUCACCCUCACGCCCAGUUCGGGGGCUCCCUGGGUGGGAUGGUGAGCUUCCCGUACCACCUGAGCCACCAUCCCCUGUACGAAUUAGCGGGACACCAGCUCCAGUCUGCGACCGCCGUUCCCUUCUCCAUUGACGGAUUACUGAACGGUUCCUGCGCCGCCUCCGUGGUCAACUCGAACCCUGGCUGCGGUAUGAAUGGUGACAACCAGCAGUACAAACUGUCAGAUUCGGGAGAUCCAGACAAAGACAGCCCUGGAUGUAAAAGGAGAAGAACUCGUACAAAUUUCACGGGAUGGCAAUUGGAAGAAUUAGAAAAGGCCUUUAAUGAGAGUCAUUAUCCGGACGUUUUUAUGAGGGAGGCACUUGCGCUGAGGCUGGAUUUGAUAGAGUCAAGGGUGCAGGUCUGGUUUCAGAACCGCAGAGCGAAGUGGAGGAAGAAAGAGAACACGAAAAAGGGCCCCGGGCGGCCGGCGCACAACUCGCACCCGACCACGUGCAGCGGGGAGCCCAUGGACGCCGAGGAAAUCGCACGGAGGGAACGAGAAAGGCUCGAGAAGAAGCGGAGGAAACAAGAGAGAAAGCUGCUGAGGUCUCAGAAUAAACUUCUGUCCUCGGAACUGUUGCACACGCCGGGCUCGGACAGUGACAGCGGGGUGUCUCAGGCCACCGACAGCGACCAGUCUUCGACGCACACAGCGCGCUUCAAGCUUGCAGGCUGCGGCCACUCGGAGCAGAGCUGUGAGCAAACGUUGCAGAACCUCCAGAAGGCAAGAACUGCGGGGAAGGAGGCUGGUGGAGCGGAGCUGGACUCCUCUGACAGCAGCCAUAACUCGAACCCUUGUUCGAUCGGCAGAACGGCAGCGCUGCACAAGCUGAACCCUUUCAGUGUAGAAAGUCUGCUGUCGGACUCGACGCCGCGGCGCAAACCGAGCGCGGAUUUCCCUGUCUUACCGAAUGCUCGGCCUUUACUGGGAAAAGGGCAUUUCUUACUGUGCCCCAUCAGCCAGCCGCUUGGCUUUAUUGUACCCCAAACGGCGCUGAAAAGCACACCAGAUGCUGUCGUUUCAGGACAAAAGGUUGUGGCAUCUGAAAGCAGCUUCGCAAUCACAGGUCCGUUAUACACAGACCAAACUCUGAACGAUAAAAUGAACGGCGGGAAAGCGGAGGGGACGGCAGACAAAGAUCAGCCUCCCUUUCCGGAAAAUAACUCAAGUGCCCCCCAGGCCUGCGACUUGGCUCAAAGCGAGUCUCACCGUUCAGACUGCGGCUCUGAAACACAAUCAGAGCAAACGGAUUCGAACCUGCAGGCAAGCUCCCCGCAUUCAGACCUCGAAGAGUCCUCCUCCGUGAAUGAUCUCCCGGACACUACACUAGUAACAAAGAGCCACUGUCCCUCUGAGACAGUCACGGACUGCGAGGGCGUCGACGUGGACUGAUGUCCACAAAACACGACUUCCGACAGUAAACAGGCACUUGCCA